UCGCCGGAGAGCUGCGGUGCCCGGACAGCGAUCUCUUCUGUUUGGAUACAGCUCCCGUCUUCCCUUCUCCUUUGUUAGUCCCCAGGCUGUCCCCUCUGGGGGGCAUGUGUACGAGAUCUCUUUCCGAUUGCCAGAAAUUUCUUUUCCACUGUGUGGGCAGGAGACAGAUAUUUUUUUCUAAACUGUCUCCCUUCUCAUUUAUUUAUUUGGUUUUCCAUUUCUCUCCCUCACCUCCGCCUGCCCUCCUUCCCCCUUCUUUCUGUCGAUUUCUCCUUAUUCCUCCUUCAAUUUCACCAUCUCUCCUCCCCCUCUCUCGGUUCCCCUGCCCCCACCCCUUUGCUCUUUUAAAAUAAUUCAGCGAUGUCUUGGGAAUACUAGCACCCCCUCCUCCUUCAGCUGAGCGCGGGACUCUGCGUUAAUUCAAGAGCAAUGUUCUGUGAUGGUGCCCGAGAUGCGUGGACUGAGCCCAGGCCGAAGGCUGCCCGAGCCCGCCCUGUGCCCCGCUGCGGGCGGGAGCCCUGAGCCCGGGGCGGCGGGCCGCCGGCGCCACAUCCUGGCCCUGCCUGAGGAGGAGGCAUGGAGGCCCCAGCAGUGCGCCCUGCUGGAGGCCGACGCCUCGGACGAGGUGGGCAUGCUGCCCGCCUCCCCACGUGCCACCGUCGCAGGCUUCGACAACUUCUUCCCGGUGCAGGAGGGCGAGGGCCCGGGCUGGGAGGGCGGCUCCAGCCCCUUCCUGCCCGUGAGCCCCGAGGUCAUGAAGCGGCGGCGCGGGGGCCUCAUCGAGCAGCGCGACAUCAUCAAGGCCCACGAGGCGCACAAGAUGCAGAGCACCCCGCAGGCCCGGCGCAAGGAGUGGGAGAUGGCUCGCUUCGGGGAGGCGGUGGUCGGCAGGCCGGGGUCGGGCGAUGGAGACUCGGACCAGAGCAGGAACCGACAAGGAACCCCCGUGCCGGCCUCGGGGACGGCGGCUGCCUACAAGCAGUCGAAAGCGCAGAGGGCGCGGACUAUGGCUUUGUACAACCCCAUUCCCGUCCGGCAGAACUGUUUCACCGUCAACAGAUCCCUGUUCAUCUUCGGAGAAGAUAACAUUGUCAGGAAGUACGCCAAGAAGCUCAUCGAUUGGCCGCCGUUUGAGUACAUGAUCCUGGCCACCAUCAUCGCCAACUGCAUCGUCCUGGCCCUGGAGCAGCAUCUUCCAGAGGAUGACAAGACGCCCAUGUCCCGAAGACUGGAGAAGACAGAACCGUAUUUCAUCGGGAUCUUCUGCUUUGAAGCUGGGAUCAAAAUUGUGGCCCUGGGGUUCAUCUUCCACAAGGGCUCGUACCUCCGCAAUGGCUGGAAUGUCAUGGACUUCAUCGUGGUCCUCAGUGGCAUCCUGGCCACUGCGGGGACCCACUUCAACACCCACGUGGACCUGAGGACCCUCCGGGCUGUGCGUGUCCUGAGGCCUUUGAAGCUGGUGUCAGGGAUACCUAGUCUGCAGAUCGUGUUGAAGUCCAUCAUGAAGGCCAUGGUGCCUCUUCUGCAGAUUGGCCUUUUGCUCUUCUUUGCCAUUCUGAUGUUUGCUAUCAUUGGCUUGGAGUUCUACAGUGGGAAGUUACAUCGAGCAUGCUUCAUGAACAAUUCAGGUAUUCUGGAAGGAUUUGACCCCCCACACCCAUGUGGUGUGCAGGGCUGUCCAGCUGGUUAUGAAUGCAAGGACUGGAUCGGCCCCAACGAUGGGAUCACCCAGUUCGAUAACAUCCUUUUUGCUGUGCUGACUGUCUUCCAGUGCAUCACCAUGGAAGGGUGGACCACUGUGCUGUACAAUACCAAUGAUGCCUUAGGAGCCACCUGGAAUUGGCUGUACUUCAUCCCUCUCAUCAUCAUCGGAUCCUUCUUUGUCCUCAACCUAGUCCUGGGAGUACUUUCUGGGGAAUUUGCCAAAGAGAGGGAGAGAGUGGAGAACCGAAGAGCGUUCAUGAAACUUCGGCGUCAGCAGCAGAUAGAGCGGGAGCUGAAUGGCUACCGGGCCUGGAUAGACAAAGCAGAGGAAGUCAUGCUCGCUGAAGAAAAUAAAAAUGCUGGGACGUCAGCCCUGGAAGUGCUUCGAAGGGCAACCAUCAAAAGGAGCCGGACGGAGGCCAUGACCCGAGACUCCAGCGAUGAGCACUGCGUUGAUAUCUCUUCUGUGGGUACGCCUCUCGCUCGAGCCAGUAUCAAGAGCACAAAAGUAGACGGGGCCUCCUAUUUCCGGCACAAGGAAAGGCUUCUGCGCAUCUCUAUUCGCCACAUGGUUAAAUCCCAGGUGUUUUACUGGAUCGUCCUGAGCCUGGUGGCACUCAACACUGCCUGUGUGGCCAUUGUCCAUCACAACCAGCCGCAGUGGCUCACUCACCUCCUCUACUAUGCAGAAUUUUUGUUUCUGGGACUGUUUCUCUUGGAGAUGUCCCUGAAAAUGUACGGCAUGGGGCCUCGCCUUUAUUUCCACUCUUCAUUCAACUGCUUUGAUUUUGGGGUCACAGUGGGCAGCAUCUUUGAAGUGGUCUGGGCUAUCUUCAGACCUGGUACAUCUUUCGGAAUCAGUGUCUUGCGAGCGCUCCGGCUUCUGAGAAUAUUUAAAAUAACCAAGUACUGGGCUUCCCUCCGCAAUCUGGUGGUCUCCUUGAUGAGCUCCAUGAAGUCUAUCAUCAGCUUGCUCUUCCUCCUCUUCCUCUUCAUCGUCGUCUUUGCGCUGCUAGGAAUGCAACUGUUUGGAGGCAGGUUUAACUUUAAUGAUGGUACUCCUUCUGCAAAUUUUGAUACUUUUCCUGCAGCCAUCAUGACUGUGUUCCAGAUCCUGACAGGGGAGGACUGGAAUGAGGUGAUGUACAAUGGGAUCCGCUCCCAGGGUGGGGUCAGCUCAGGCAUGUGGUCAGCCAUCUACUUCAUUGUGCUCACCUUGUUUGGAAACUACACACUACUGAACGUAUUCUUGGCCAUUGCUGUGGAUAAUCUGGCCAACGCUCAGGAGCUGACCAAGGAUGAACAGGAAGAAGAGGAGGCCUUCAACCAGAAGCAUGCACUGCAGAAGGCCAAGGAAGUGAGCCCGAUGUCCGCGCCUAACAUGCCUUCCAUCGAAAGAGACAGAAGGAGAAGACACCACAUGUCGAUGUGGGAGCCACGCAGCAGCCACCUGAGGGAGCGGAGGCGCAGGCACCAUAUGUCCGUGUGGGAGCAGCGCACCAGCCAGCUGAGGAGACACAUGCAGAUGUCCAGCCAGGAGGCCCUCAACAAAGAGGAGGCCCCACCAAUGAACCCCCUCAACCCCCUCAACCCACUGAGCCCCCUCAACCCGCUCAAUGCUCACCCCAGCCUCUACCGGAGGCCCAGGCCUAUCGAGGGCCUGGCCCUGGGCCUGGGCCUGGAGAAGUGCGAGGAGGAGCGCAUCAGCCGUGGGGGAUCCCUCAAGGGGGACGGAAGGGACCUGACCAGUGUCCUGGACAACCAGAGAAGCCCUUUGUCCCUAGGCAAGCGGGAACCACCAUGGCUGGCCAGGCCUUGUCAUGGGAAUUGUGACCCCACCCAGCAGGAGACUGGGGGAGGGGAGACUGUGGUGACCUUCGAGGACCGAGCCAGGCACAGACAGAGCCAGCGUCGUAGCCGGCACCGCCGGGUCAGAACAGAAGGCAAAGAAUCGACCUCGACCUCCCGAAGCAGGUCUGCCAGCCAGGAGAGGAAUCUGGACGAAGGGGUGCCUGCCGAGGGGGAGCAGGACCGUGAGCCCCGGGGAAGCCACGGGGGCAAGGAACCGACUAUCCACGAAGAGGACAGGGGCCAGGACUUGAGGAGAACCAACAGUCUGAUGGUGUCCAGGGGCUCUGGCCUAGCAGGAGCCCUCGAUGAGGCAGAAACACCCCUAGUCCUGCCCCAACCUGAGCUGGAGGUGGGGAAGGAUGCCACGCUGACUGAGCAGGAGCCAGAAGGCAGCAGUGAGCAAGCCCUGCUGGGCGACGUGCAGCUGGACGUGGGCCGGGGCAUCAGCCAGAGCGAGCCUGACCUCUCCUGCAUCACGGCCAACACUGACAAGGCCACCACUGAGAGCACCAGCGUCACGGUCGCCAUCCCCGAAGUGGGCCCCUUGGUGGAUUCCACAGUGGUUCACAUUAGCAACAAGACUGAUGGAGAAGCCAGUCCCUUGAAGGAGGAAGAUAUCAAAGAGGAGGAAGAGGAGGUAGAGAAGAAGAAGAAGAAAGAGAAGCGUGAGACAGGCAAAGCCAUGGUGCCCCACAGCUCCAUGUUCAUCUUCAGCACCACCAACCCGAUCCGGAGGGCCUGCCAUUACAUUGUGAACCUGCGCUACUUUGAGAUGUGCAUCCUCCUGGUGAUCGCAGCCAGCAGCAUUGCCCUGGCUGCGGAGGACCCUGUUCUGACCAACUCGGAGCGCAACAAAGUCCUGAGGUAUUUCGAUUAUGUGUUCACGGGUGUGUUCACCUUUGAAAUGGUUAUAAAGAUGAUAGACCAGGGCUUGAUCCUGCAGGAUGGGUCCUAUUUCCGAGACCUCUGGAACAUCUUGGACUUUGUGGUGGUGGUUGGUGCAUUGGUGGCCUUUGCUCUGGCGAACGCUUUGGGAACCAACAAGGGGCGGGACAUCAAGACCAUCAAGUCUCUGCGGGUGCUCCGAGUUCUGAGGCCACUGAAAACUAUCAAGCGUCUGCCCAAGCUCAAGGCAGUGUUCGACUGUGUGGUGACCUCGUUGAAGAAUGUCUUCAACAUUCUCAUCGUCUACAAGCUCUUCAUGUUCAUCUUUGCUGUCAUCGCAGUUCAGCUCUUCAAGGGAAAAUUCUUUUAUUGCACAGACAGUUCCAAGGACACAGAGAAGGAGUGCAUAGGCAAUUACGUAGACCAUGAAAAAAACAAGAUGGAGGUGAAGGGCCGGGAAUGGAAGCGCCAUGAAUUCCACUACGACAACAUCAUCUGGGCCCUGCUGACCCUAUUCACGGUCUCCACAGGGGAAGGAUGGCCUCAGGUUCUGCAGCAUUCCGUAGACGUGACGGAAGAAGACCGAGGCCCAAGCCGCAGCAACCGCAUGGAGAUGUCCAUCUUUUACGUGGUCUACUUUGUGGUCUUCCCUUUCUUCUUUGUCAAUAUCUUUGUGGCUCUCAUCAUCAUCACCUUCCAGGAACAGGGAGACAAGAUGAUGGAGGAGUGCAGCCUGGAGAAGAACGAGCGGGCAUGCAUCGACUUCGCCAUCAGCGCCAAGCCUCUCACCCGCUACAUGCCACAGAACAGGCACACCUUCCAGUAUCGCGUGUGGCACUUCGUGGUGUCUCCUUCCUUUGAGUACACCAUCAUGGCUAUGAUCGCCUUGAACACUGUGGUGCUGAUGAUGAAGUACUACUCUGCUCCCUGUACCUAUGAACUGGCCCUCAAGUACUUGAAUAUCGCCUUCACCAUGGUGUUUUCCCUGGAAUGUGUCCUAAAGAUCAUCGCUUUUGGCUUCUUGAACUAUUUCCGAGACACUUGGAAUAUCUUUGACUUCAUCACCGUGAUUGGCAGCAUCACAGAAAUUAUCCUGACUGACAGCAAGCUGGUGAACACCAGUGGCUUCAAUAUGAGCUUUCUGAAGCUUUUCCGUGCUGCCCGCCUCAUAAAGCUUCUGCGACAGGGCUACACAAUACGCAUUUUACUUUGGACCUUUGUGCAGUCCUUUAAGGCCCUGCCCUAUGUCUGCCUUUUGAUUGCCAUGCUUUUCUUCAUUUAUGCCAUCAUCGGGAUGCAGGUAUUUGGAAAUAUAAAAUUAGACGAGGAGAGUCACAUCAAUCGGCACAACAACUUCCGGAGUUUCUUUGGGUCCCUCAUGCUACUCUUCAGGAGCGCCACAGGCGAGGCUUGGCAGGAGAUUAUGCUGUCGUGCCUUGGGGAGAAAGGCUGCGAGCCCGACACCACCGCCCCGUCAGGGCAGAAUGAGAAUGAGCGCUGCGGCACCGACCUGGCCUACGUGUACUUUGUCUCCUUCAUCUUCUUCUGCUCCUUCUUGAUGCUCAACCUGUUUGUGGCUGUCAUCAUGGACAACUUUGAGUACCUGACUCGGGACUCCUCCAUCCUGGGGCCUCACCACUUGGAUGAGUUUGUUCGCGUCUGGGCAGAAUAUGACAGAGCAGCAUGUGGCCGCAUCCAUUACACUGAGAUGUAUGAAAUGCUGACUCUCAUGUCACCACCGCUAGGCCUCGGCAAGAGAUGUCCCUCCAAAGUGGCAUAUAAGAGGUUGGUCCUGAUGAAUAUGCCAGUGGCUGAGGACAUGACAGUCCAUUUCACUUCCACACUUAUGGCUCUGAUCCGGACAGCUCUGGACAUUAAAAUUGCCAAAGGAGGUGCAGACAGGCAACAGCUAGACUCAGAGCUGCAAAAGGAGACCCUGGCCAUCUGGCCUCACCUGUCCCAGAAGAUGCUGGAUCUGCUUGUGCCCAUGCCCAAAGCUUCUGACCUGACUGUGGGAAAAAUCUAUGCAGCAAUGAUGAUCAUGGACUACUAUAAACAGAGUAAGGUGAAGAAGCAGAGGCAGCAGCUGGAGGAACAGAAAAAUGCACCCAUGUUCCAACGCAUGGAGCCAUCAUCUCUGCCUCAGGAGAUCAUUGCUAAUGCCAAAGCCCUGCCUUAUCUCCAGCAGGACCCCGUUUCAGGCCUGAGUGGCCGGAGUGGAUACCCUUCAAUGAGUCCACUCUCCCCCCAGGAAAUAUUCCAGUUGGCUUGUAUGGACCCAACAGAGGAUGGACAAUUCCAGGAACAGCAAUCUCUGGAGCCAGAGGUUAGUGAAAUAAAAAGCGUGCAGUCCUCUAACCAUGGCAUCUGCCUUCCUUCGGACACCCAGGAGCGUGCGGGAUCGGGGAGGGCAUCCUCUAUGCCACGUCUGACCGUGGAUCCCCAGGUGGUGACAGACCCCAGCUCCAUGAGACGUUCAUUUUCUACUAUUCGGGAUAAGCGUUCAAAUUCCUCAUGGUUAGAGGAAUUUUCCAUGGAACGAAGCAGUGAGAACACCUACAAGUCUCGUCGCAGGAGUUACCACUCCUCCCUGCGGCUGUCAGCCCACCGCCUGAACUCCGACUCAGGUCACAAGUCUGACACCCACCGCUCAGGGGGCAGGGAGCGGGGACGAUCGAAAGAACGAAAGCAUCUUCUCUCUCCUGAUGUCUCCCGCUGCAAUUCUGAGGAGCGAGGGACCCAAGCCGACUGGGAGUCCCCAGAGCGCCGUCAGUCCAGAUCCCCCAGUGAGGGCAGAUCACAGACCCCCAACAGACAGGGCACCGGGUCCCUGAGUGAGAGCUCCAUCCCCUCCAUCUCUGACACCAGCACCCCAAGACGAAGUCGGCGGCAGCUUCCACCCGUCCCACCAAAGCCUCGGCCCUUGCUUUCCUACAGUUCCCUGCUGCGACACGCUGGAAGCAUCUCUCCCCCUGCCGAUGGAAGUGAGGGCGGAUCUCCUCUGACCUCCCAAGCCCUGGAGAGCAGCAAUGUUUGCCUGGCCGAGUCUUCCAACUCCCCACACCCCCAGCAGGGCCAGCAUUCUUCCCCACAGCGCUACAUCUCCGAGCCCUACCUGGCCCUGCACGAAGACUCCCAUGCCUCAGACUGCGGCGAGGAGGAGACACUCACCUUUGAAGCAGCUGUGGCUACUAGCCUGGGCCGUUCCAACACCAUCGGCUCAGCCCCUCCCCUACGGCACAGCUGGCAGAUGCCCAAUGGGCACUAUCGGCGACGGAGGCGUGGGGGGCCUGGGCCCGGCAUGAUGUGUGGAGCCGUCAGCGACCUCCUGAGUGACACAGAAGAAGAUGACAAAUGCUAGAGGCUGUUCCCCCCUCCGAUGCAUGCUCUUCUCUCACAGGGAGAAAACCAAGACUGAAUUGGGAAGCCCGUGCGGCCCCGGGGGGGAGGAAAAGGGAGAAGGAAGAUGCGUACAUUAGCAGAAGAGGAAGUAAAGGACAAAUGGAAAAGCAGUCAAACCCACCAAACCGCUUUAUUUCCCUUUGCAAGAUGGGCACUGCCAUAGUUCUGCCUCUUUGCUGGGGAAAGAAAGUACAGGAAUAUGGAGGGUUAGGCCCAUGGAAGAAGGGACAUGAGGGUGGCUUGCCUUCCCUGGCCCCUUCCCACCUUUCUAUAAGCCCAGCAGGGAUCUGGCUGGCCUGUGUCUACACUCAUUGCCUUGUGCAGACUGUAAAUGGGGAUCAGUGGAGACCGAAGGAGACCAAUCUCCUCCCCACGACUGCCAGCAGGGAAACUGCAGCAGCACCUCACACACUAGCCUGUGGCUGGCUUCCCCCUGAGAAGCACAAGCCGAGUCAGGAGCAUUGGCUGCCCAAGGAAGGAGGCAGGAAGGGAGGGCGGAAUAGUUCAGGGUGCUGUGGCAGCCGAAUGGGCUGGUCUGGGUGAGAAAAGCCAUAGCCCAGCAGCCCGUAUCAUGGAGGUGAGGGCCAGAGAAAGGACUGGAGGUGCUGGUAGGUACAGUCCUAGAUCCUGAGGCCUGUUAUCCAUGUGUAGGUGCUGUGGUAGUGAGAAAAGGUGAAGAGGUCCCUCAGGGACCACAACCGUGUCUGCAGCUCCGGUAAGGGUGAUGUUAAACAACACCUAUGGCCAGGCACCAACCUAGGUCAAGUUCAGCCACAGUGUGGGAGCCCAUGCUGUCCCCCGCAAUGGCUCUUUAGAUGCUGGUUGGGGAAAACCCUAGGGUGGAGGUAGGGACCUAGGGACUCAGUUUAUUUUCCAACCAGCAUAGGCAUAACUUCAUAUUGGGAACAGUGCUACAGCCAUACCAGCACAGCCUGGUUGGAGGCCAGUAUUGAACCUAUGUGCCAGACAGUCUUUCCUCCCACUUCCCCAAGAACCACCCUCACCCACUAGGGACUUCUAUAAGGAUGGAAAGGCUGAUAGACUAAAAUGAGAAGUGUCAGUUGAUCAGGAUGUUUAUGGUGAUUAGUAAAUAUACCUCAGCUUCAACCUUGGCUGCUCCUUCUAGCAAAGUAGGCUCUGAUGAUGGGGUCCCCCCAAGCCCUGAAUGUUCCCUGGACCAGGGCUGGGCUUUACCCUUCCCCAGAGUAAAAGCUGGGCAGAAGACAGCCUUUAGCCACGAUGUCAUUCCCAACCUUCCAUACACAGAUGCAUCGAGAGAGAAGCUUGGCCUGUCAGUGUUCCUUCAGCAUACGCUUGAUUGCUGCAGUCCACGGAACAGGUCCUGUCCAUCUGGUGGAGAUGCACCAGGCCCUUAAGCCUCUCCAAAGUGCCAUCACAGCAGGUGAAUGACUAUUCUGGAGGGGGUGUCAGGCAGGGCCUUCCUUAGGGAGACUUGAGGACCCCUGUAGUGGGAGCUCAGUGGAUAAACACUUACUUCAUCCCCCUUCAGACAGAGUCCCUAGGACUCUUAGGUAUGAAAAGUCCUUUUUCUUAGAAGGAGCUUCUCCUUUCUUGUGAAGUUGUUUCUUUUCUUCCCACUGCUGGGUUGAAUAGAAAUAAAGCAUAGCCACAGUUGAACUAACAAGCCAAAUUCAACCAGUGGCUGGAGAAUCACUUGGGCUAGGCCUGCCUGCUCUUCUAGGUGAUGAUGGAGCUUCCUGACUCAUGGUCAGACCCAAACCAAAGUAGUCCCAGGACAGGGGGCCAAUGAGACAGAUACCAAGGCUUCCCACUUAUAGACCCUCUUCCAGCUUUGCCAGUUUUCUUCUCCCACUCAGCACAUGUGUGCUUGGGGACAGCUGGGAAUGUGAUCCUAAUGGGUGUGCUCGUGACAUGAGACUCUCAUGCUGGGCCCUGUAUAGUUUCAAAGGUUCUCUCUGCUCAGCCUCACUCCAUGCCAAUGUGCUGCUGUGGGCUGCCUUGUGUGCACAAAACUGCUUUCCUCACCCCAGACGGCAGCUUUCCUUAAGGAAAGCCUACAACAGGGUGGCCAUUCUAGCUAGCAAGUGUCGAUAGUUUAUACCAUUUCAACAGUCCUAGAAAUGUGGGCUGACAGAGUAAUUGUCAGUAAUGGAAUUUGCAAACAAUAAUUCUGCACACCGAGUUCCUGAAUAAAGCACUGUUAAGUUAUGAAGUGCUAUAGGUGUGGUCACCUGACCACUUGUUUUUGUUUUUUAAUACUAAUGAAAUUAUGAACUUGCUUCUUUCAUUGAACAUCCCCUAAACAAGAAACCAGCUUUUUCCCCCCUUAGCCUGCACUUACCCUUCUAUUAAGACCAGAAAAUGAAAGAGGAUUUUCUGGUAAGUCAUGAUCUCAUAAUCAUCAUCUUUGGUUUCCUCCUGCCUCAAUAUAAACAGGAAUGCCACCCUUCCCCCUUGAAGCCAUUGAGGACUUCCCUUCCUACAUCUCAGAUUUUCUUUCCCUUGAGAGGAAUCUCCCUUAGACUCGAAAGCCCAUGCUUCUCUUGUAUUAAGCACCACAGUUGCAUCUUGUGAUAUGCCGCAUGAUAAAUCUGGGCACUGGAGGUUCCUUCCGAAGAUUCUUUAGCCAGAUGUCCAACUACUCUUGCUAAUGUUAGUCUUCACCAUCUCCUCAAAACAAGGAGAGGAAGAGGAGAAUAAAUCAAGGUAGGGAGAUGCUAUCACCAGGUGUGUAUUUAUCCCUCUCUUCACUCAAGGCUCUGAACAGUCAGGUGGGGAAUGCACACCACCAGCAACCCUCAAAAGCUUGUAACCAGGCGCCCUGUGAGCCAGGGUUGGCAAAGAAUCACCUGGCCUGUGGAGGGAUGGUGCCCUGAGCAUCCUCCAGGCUCCAAAGGUGCAUGAUGACAACUACCCACAGCAGCGGGUGUUGGGGGUGCUGUUCUACUCUUCCAGCUGAAGAAGCUAUUUCUAUUCCUGGCAUCUCUUCUCACCAUCCCCAUACUGUACUGAGGGCACUGAAAAACAUUUUCCUGAAGCUGACCCCCAAGCCUUCUAAAUUUUGCCCUCCUUUGACUCUGUGGCCAGAAAGAGAAGACUUUUCCCCUUCCCUACACACAUCCCUGACCCCCCCACUGAGCCCACAUCUCCUGUAACUUCCCAUCCCCACCUUGGUUUUGCUGCCUCUUAGCCAUCUUAGGAUUGGGUCUGUGCUGAAUCCAGCCAAGCCAAGGGUUUGCUGGCCUGACUGCCUCUACCAUUAGAGAAUGUUGUCUUCUAAUGAAGUAAGUCCUGGGACUUACAAGGUGAUCUUCAUGGGGCCAUCAGAGGUAGGCUGUAAGGUGUGCAUGAAAUGUUUUCAUACUUGAUGAAUAAUUACUGCAGAGAAGGCUCUUGGCAUAGCAGGACCGCAUUUACAAAAAAAAAAAAUUAAGUAGGAAGUUCUUAACAUUUCAUUACAUCCUAUUUCUAAAGCCUGCUGUGGAUAUUUUGGUUUUGGACAGAGUAGUCCUUUAGUGGAUAGAGCUAGGGGUGAUUUGAGAGAUUCAUUUCUGAGCUGUUAUAAUAUUGAAAUACUGUGAGGCUGUGUGUAAAGGGUAAACAUAACAGAAGGGAAGCAGAUAGUCUCACAAAAAUCUCUGCCUAAUGGGAGACUUGAAAGUUAAAGAACUUUCACUGCUUUGUUGUUGAUUGGUAUCUUACCAGUCUUGUUUUGAUCCUUCAAAGGCCCAAGGCUGGCACAUACCAAGAAUCCUGGUGAGGAUUAUUCCCAGCAGAUGCCUCAUCUAGCUAUAGGACAGGCUGGAUUCUAGAGGACUGAGCAUGGUCCAGGGAAAGGACAGGACUUUACAAUGUGGGAAAGGAAAAAGAUUGGGCCCUUCACUAGUGGCCAGAGCAUACCAGGUUUGGAUAUCUUUACAUAUAUCCAUGAUGAGAUGGAUAAAUGAACAAAAUGUAAACAAAAUUAACUGAGGGGUUAUGACCUUACUUUUGCCAUGAGGUGAUCAAAGGAGAUGCUAUAUUAAUAAUCACUGCCUGUACCAGGAGCUUUUAUUGUUGUUUUCCCUGAAUCACCCCAUACAUCUUACCCAGUACUACCCCAAGUAGAGCAGCCAUUAAUGACUUCUCUGCUGGCCACAGACUACUAGGGUGGUCAGUCAUCAUAUGCUGCAACUCACCCAGAGUACAUGGAUGUACUUCAGGGGAGGACAAAGGACUAGGAACAGAAAGAACUACCUUUAGUUUAUGGUGGCCAUCUUUUCCUUUACUUGAAUCCUCUUUUGUACUUUGACUUUCUAGGGUUUAUGCAUCCCUAAAAAGUCAUACCAAGCCAAAAAGAAGAGAGACUUACAGAUUGUCCUGACCUUUCCAAAGGGCCUUGAAAAAUAUAGUCUGGAUAAAAUUCAAGCCAGUUGGUUGAGAAGUACUAAUGGGGCUCCCAGCAAAGUGUAAUGGGAUGGCUGCUGAGGUACCCCAAUGUCCUUCUAUUUUUGUAUUCUUCCUUCUAUUCAUCCCUUCCUACCAUGCUAUAAGUAGGAAGGUUAGUAUCUUGACCUGCUAAAUGCAAAAAGACUUUACAAUAAGCCAUGCUACUAUGUAAAUACAUUCUUGAGGUUUGAAUUCUUAUUUCUGGAAGUAUGAAAGAGUUAAGCAGAUGAGGUAGAGAGGUGUAGAGAUUUAUGUUCAUUUUUAUCUGUUUGGGGUUUUUUGGUUGCCUGAGUUUUUUUAUAACAGACCUGCCCUAGAAUAGCAAAGAAAGAAAUUUGUACUCUGCAGUGUUAUGAAUCUCUGCCAAAUUAAUGCUAUCACAGUUGAGCCUAAUCUGAGGUUAUAGUACCAGCUCUGUCUUUUCCUCUGGUCUCCUUGUCCUUUUGUCUCAGUAAGUUGACCUCUGAUUUCUCUUUCUAGAGACUUAAAAUAUAAGUGAAAAUCUUCCCCUCUCCAAAAAUCAGUAAAAGCCAAGGAAAUAAAGUGGUUAAAGAUGUCUGAAAAAAAACUCCAACAAAACAAAGUUUAUGUCUUGAUUAUUUUUUAAACUGUAGUAAUCUGAUAAAUGAAAAUUAUAGUCAAAAUAAUAAAUUAUACUACAGCCUUCUAUACUAAUUUGUGCCUUCAGCUAGAGUAUUAUGUGUGUUCUCUUUCCCUUGUUAGGAAAAUUGAAAUAGUAACACUUGGCUAUUUCGUGGGUGUGUCAAGUGUUUAUAAGUUAAUAAUAUACAAUGUAAAGCACUUAGUCUCCACAAGUCAAAAAACCCUUUACUCAUUAUUUCCUCAAGGACCUCAGAAACUCUUGGUGUCACUAUAAGAAUCUUGUUUUUAACCUGAAUCUAUUCUUCUUACCUGGCCCCCCACACGCUUCUAAGAAAAAAGUUCAGAUUUUUCCUUUAAUCCAGGAAGGAAAUUGAAUUUUCCCUCUGCAAGCUUCCCUGUAUGGUCUUCUCUUUGUGGACACUGAGGCAAAACCAACAUUGAGUGACCUCAUCCAGACAUCUCCAACCUGGCACUGGAAAUCGGAAUGAAUCUUUCCUUUUUUUUGUUCUGCAAGUUUCAGAGAUAAGAAUGGCUUCCUGUAUAUUCUGGAAACAGAUCCUUGAACUUGUGCCAGUUAGUUCCAUGUUUCCUCUUUGGUUUGCUCAGAGGAUGGCUCCAAAAUUGAAAAGGAGACUAAAUUGGUCAUGUCUGAAUUCGACCUUAUUUGAUGACUCAAUUCUUUUCUUUCCAUUAUUUUGUUCUCUCAUGGCAAUGGCCUAUACUGCACAAGAACCACCACUUAAAGCAAGUCUAUUAGAAAUAGACUUUGCUCACCCCUAUUGUAAGGGGUGAGCAAAACAAAACAUACUCCAAAAUUUUAAAGUGCCAUUAAUCAAUUUUUAAAAAUAAAGGUAACAUGAAAUGAGGGCUAAACAAUGUAAUCUAACUGCCAAUUGAAGUAGUUCUGGUCUUAGUUACAUUUGAUACAGAGUUGUAUAACAUUAAGCAGAUCCAGUGGAUUUAGUAAAAACACAGGUAUUGAAUUUUAAUGGCUACCAUUGGGGAUAUAUACUUAGCCUGCAGGCUGAACUUUAGUCAGUGUUUUUCUAUCCUGGUGUUUUGUGAACAAGCCAAAAUUUAUACAAAGCCACCCUAAGUGCUGCAAUUACAGAGGAACUUCCCCCUUAGUGACAUUGGAGAGCAGUCCAAGUCCACUCAAAGUGAGUCCAAGAUUUGGAACACACUCAGAAUAACAAACGAAGGAGAAACAUUUAAUGCACCAAGACUGGUUGGCAUUUCAUUGCUGGGACAACUGGGUAGAGAGUAGGAAGACAAUCUAUAGAACAAAGACAAGAUGAGGCAGAAGAUACUAGUAAGUUCCAGAAGAGAAUAGGCUUAGAGAUGUAUGGCCUUGAAAGGGAUCCUCCCUUUCACUUAGAUUGUGGGUAAACUCAUCAGCACAAUACUGGAUUCAGAGAGUCCUUUCUGUUAAAUUCAUGUACGGUAGCAAACUUGAAACUUCAGAGGAUUAGUAGAUUCCUGAAAAUCUUUUCCUGACCUGAAAGAUGGAGAGAAAAGAGUCUCUUGCUUUAAAGCAGCCCAAAGACAAUCUAGGAUUUCAGCAACUCUUCAGUAUAGUAGCACCAAUAAUGGAGAGAUUACAUUAAACUUCAGAUACAAGCACCACAGGAGAGGAGAAGAGUUGGUCAAUAGGACAGGGGAUGAGUCUGAUUAGGAAGAAAUUUCAAAUUGCAAGGUGCACCGGUACUAACCUCAAAGGAUAACACUGCAAGUGGGUGGACUACAGGGUGUCCAGUCCCCACCCUCUGUCCUUUGGGACCCAAGGCCAGGCCAUUCCCUCCUUGAUUUGCUCUUAAAGGAUGAACAUGUAAGAUGGGAUCAAGAGGGAAAUUGGGUGCUCUUAUUCAGGCUGUAAAAACGCUGCCACCUUCAUUAUAAGACACACGCAAGUUAAGCCCCCUAAGACACUCCUUGCGGGCAGCAUCCACUGAGGUGUGCCAGCCUGACACUCCUGCAGUAACAGUGACUGAAUGGCAGCUAAUGCUGGCCCACCCCGAGUAUCGGUGCAUCUCGCCUAAAGCCAGAGUUCAGCACUGCAUGUUGAUCAGGUGGAGAUCCUGAAAUAUAAAUGCUCGUUUGGAUCCAAAAGGAAAACCAUUAAAAAAAUAAAAGAAAGAUGAACAACUUUAAUGUUUUGGGGGGGGGUCAAAUAAAUAAAAUCUUGUUGUAAAGAAUCAA